AUGAAUGAAGAGCAAAUCAAACUACUUUUGGAGGAAGAAAAUUCGACUUCUGAUUAUGAGGAUGAAAAUGACAGCAACGUUGAAGACUUUGUUGCAGGAGAUGUAGAAAGUUAUGAUACCGAGCAAGAAGAUGAUGAAGAAUACGACGAGGAGUUGAAUGAGAUAGAUGAUAGAAAAUUUAUGUCUUGCGUUAAUGAUGAUGAAUAUUCGCAGAUAGUACAGAUGGCGCAUUCAUUGGGCGGAGAAGGUUUUGGUGAUUUUACUGAUGAUGAUAUCGCAGAGUUAAUGGCUGAUAAAGAGUUAAUGGCUGAUAAAGAACUAAGUGAGGAUGAUUUAGUUAACUUAAUUUGCGAAAGUGAGUCUGACAAAUCUGAUAAAGAGGAUUAG